CCGAGAGAAGGGGAGAAGGAAGAGAAAAAAGAAACAGAAAUUGAGGUUCCUAACAACAACCGACCCCCAUCUGCAGAAGCAAACCAACAAGCGGAUCCAGUCCUGCUUCCCCCGUCAUAGCUUCCUUGCCCGCCUAGAAGCAGGUACAUACAGUGACGGUUAACCGUACAUUCAAACCUCGACUACCAUCAACCUUUGUACAUUUGCAGAGCUAGUAGGCCGCAACACCACCUUACCUUAGCCUGGUAUUUCACCCCUACGACACCCAUUCUCCUUGCUUUGGUUGCUGCGCGUGCUUCUCCCCCGGCUUCUUAUUUUCCACCCCAAGGAAUUCUAGAACGGACAACACACAGCGCAUGCCUCGCGCGUCGUCCUAUCCGCUACUUUUCUUUUCGCCAUGGCCAAGAAGGCGCGUCAAAGGAUAGCUUAUGUCCUUGAAGUAGCCGGCUCACAGGCUGGGGGCCACAAACUUGGCGUUAAUGGUCUGGCUGCCGAUCGCGACAAAUCCAUCCUUUACUCUGGAGGCCGUGAUGGCAUAGUCUGCGCAUGGGACCUCAACCUCGACCUUAAAUCACCCUUCUCCUCGACCUCAGCUCUCGACUCGGCCGCUCCCAACGGUACCUCCGCGCCCGAACCAAGACAAACCUCCAAGUUCCGCAGCCAGACAUUGGCCCACACCCACUGGAUCAACGACAUAUGCCUUGCCGAUUCUAAUAACGCCUUGGUCUCUGCCUCCUCCGACUUGACCGUGAAAGUAUGGCGCCCCCACGCAGACACUACGGCCGAGCCCGUCACAAUCGGCCAGCAUGCCGACUACGUCAAGUGUGUGGCCACGCCCAGCCCAUCUACCAACUGGGUCGCAUCGGGUGGGCUUGAUAGAAAGAUUUACCUUUGGGAUUUGAAUGGCGGUGGCAAGACACUGGAGAUCGACGUCAGCGGCGAGGAGAUCACGGAGAAGGGCUCCGUCUACGCCCUCAGCGUAAACCACAACAUCCUGGCCAGCGGCGGGCCCGAGUCGACACUUCGACUGUGGGACCCCCGGUCCGGCAAGCGCAUAACAAAGUUCGUGGGACACACGGACAACGUCCGCGCAAUCCUAGUCAAUGAGGCCGGCGACACUGUCAUGACGGCCAGCUCUGACCAGACAGUAAAGGUGUGGAGUGUCACGGCCGGCCGGUGCAUGCACACGUUGACCAUGCACAACGAUAGCGUCUGGUCGCUAUACUCUGAGGAUCCGGGGCUGGAGGUCUUUUAUAGCAGUGACCGCUCGGGCAUGGUCGUAAAGACUGAUGUCAGAGGCACGUUUGGGGAGCUGGACGAAGGGUUGUCUGUUGCGAUUGCGAAGGAGAAUGAUGGCGUCAGUAAAGUUUUGGCUUGUGGAGGCCACAUCUGGACGGCGACGGCAACAUCAUCCAUCAACCGGUGGCUGGACGUUGAGACUGGCCAGGAUGCGCUGCCUGAGGCGUUUAGGCAACAUCGGGCGUCUGUUUCGACGCACGUCUCUGCUAAUAGGCAGAGGGAAGGUUCAGUAUCAUUACCUACAGUUGCUUCCCCAGAGCCGGGCGUCAAGGAGAUACCGGCCAAAUCUAUAUUGAGGAUAUCGAACACAGCUGUGUAUCCUGCAACACCAUUCAUCAGCUCAGAUGCCAAUGAACUGCCGGAACCUGGACUUUCUAGGAAGGAGUCUGAAAUCAUACUUGAUAUUGCGGUCCCGGUCGCGGAGCCAAUGCAGCAUCUCCCUGCGGAAACGAUCGAGGGACAGUUUGGACUGGUUAAGCACCGUUUGCUGAACGAUCGUCGGAGGGUGUUGACACUUGACACGGCAGGAGAGGUGCUGCUGUGGGAUCUUAUUAAUUGCCGACCUAUUCAAAAAUUCGGGAAGAAGCACCUGGAAGACGUCGAGCCCGGGGUCAACACAAUUGAUGCCACGGCUCCUUGGUGCUCAAUAGAUACUAGCUCAGGUAACCUGACUGUGGUACUUGAACCGUUUAAUUGCUUCGAUGCCGAGAUGUACGCCGACGAACUUGUAACAGAGGAGCCGCUAGAAUUCAGGGAGGACCAAAGAAUAAAUCUUGGCAAAUGGAUACUGAGGUAUCUAUUUGCAAACCUGGUGGACGAGGAGAUCAGGCGAGAUGAGGCCUUUAGGGCUACCCUCAAUGAGGGUGUAGAGAAGAGGAUAGCGGCUGCGAAAGCGAACCCGCCCACGUCAAUCGCCAUGCCGGAAUAUACGGUGAUGGAGGGAUCUGCAGAAGGCACUACUCCGCGCGCCAACGGUGCACCAGUACCGACGACGCCAGGACUGGGGAUAGGCCUCGCAACACCAGCCCCUGGGCGUACUUCGCUAGACCCAUCAACGCCGGUAGAUAAGAGAUCAUCCCAAACCAGCCGGGCGUCGGUAGAAAAGGAAGAUUACUUUUCCAAUGCCAUCUCGGCAGUGGACGCAGGGAACAAGCCAGUGGGAACACCGGCGACAGCUGCUCCCACAGAAGCACCGCAGACUCCUGCGACUGCGGAGCCCAAGACGCCAGCCGGUGAGAACGGCAAGGACGGAAAAGAGAAUGGUAAGUCGCCAGCGCUGGGGCUGAAGAAGUGGAACUUUAAAAUCCCCAAAAUCAGCCGAUCGGGGUCAGCAACGGCAGCAGAAAAGCCUGUGGUCAAGCAAGCAGCACAAGAGGAUGAAAACAAAUCCGAUGGUGGCGGGACGGCGGGGUCGGAGACGUCAUCCAAACACGAAAAGGAGGUCGACGACAGCUUCCACGGUGUGGUGCAAAAAAUACGGAACGAAUACGAGAAGCAGUUGGCCGAGGUUCCCGACAAACUGGUCGAAAGCAAGGUGGCACCGUCUCUGCCAUCGGAAACGCCGGUGCUCAAAUUACCGGCCAACACCAAAAUCAUUAUUCAGGAGGAGACGUCUGGCGGCAGCGCGGAGCUGUACCGGGGUACUGUAGGCGGGGUCGGGGCGGACGUGGAUACAAUUGAGCAGGUGGCUCCCAUGUGGCUGGGCGACGUGCUCCUCUGCAACACGCUACCGGCCAAGGAGCCGCAUAAAGUAUCCUUUAUCCUGAACCCAUACAAGGAUGAGCUCCCGCAUAUCGCAGCGCAGGAUGGGAAUAAUAGGCUCAACGCAAACCGUAUGUUGAGGGUCAGAAAGAUCUUGGCGUACGUAGCAGAACGGCUGGAGGAGGAUGAGGAGGUCGACGAGAACGACGAGGCCAAAAAGGAGCGGAUGAAGCCAGAGGAAUAUCUGGAACUUUGGUGCAAUGACCAGUUGCUUCCCGUGAAGAUGAGCUUGGCAACGCUUCGAGCCCGAGUCUGGAGGGGCGGUGCGGACGUGGUUCUCCAUUACCGGUCAAAUGGCAAAAAAGAACUCAAGCUGAGACCACCACCGCCGCCAGUAGAGCCAGCAAAGGAGGAAAACAAAGAUGAUGAAGAGCAAGAGAAGCCGGCUUUGAAGGCGGCUGUAGUUGCAACGACGACGACUGCUGCUUUUGCUGCAGCGUUGAAAUGAUGUUUGGCGCGAACUCAGUGCAUUGUUCUUUUUUAUUUAUAUAUAUUUUAGGAGCUUCCUUGUUUUGAAAUAAGGAAGAUGGACAUGGACAUGGACAAGCGUGUUUAUAUAGAACUCUGUCGAGGGCCUCACGAGAGGAGUAGAUGUAUGUGGUUUUUGUGACCGCUUUUGUCUUUUUUUUUUCUCCGGUUUUUUCGUUUAUAGGCUGGACUGUGCACAUAACCGUCACUCGCAGUCCGGCCGAGAUGGUAAUCCUGUAAUAAGGAAGGACGAAUGUUGGGUGUUACCCUGCUUAUCUGGCUUGGGGGCAUCGUUACCGGUAAUUGUGAUAUCUAUGCCAUAGUUGGCCAUGAUCAGCAAGCAAUAAGGAGCGUUGAAUCGAGUGGUUCAGUUGAUG